AUGUCGAACACAAAGGCUGCCAUGUUUUACCUCAAAGCAGCACAUGAUUUGACGCUGCAGUCAACCCUCUUGGCAUCCAUUGAGAAAUUGGAAGCGCAUGUUGCGCUUGGUAGGCGUGCUUUGGCCCGCUUGGCGGCAGCAAUGAUUCGCCGGAUGACUCAAUUGCAGGAUGAAAAUGGGAACGUUCAUUUGGACAACCUUGAGCGCAUUCUGAAGGCAGUGGGCCAGUCUGUUAUAUAG